AUGCUGAAACCCCAACCCCAAAACGUGGAUCACUCUGAUGGAGAUGUCCUUCCCCGCAAUCUUAUCAGAUCGUAUUUCUCCCCCCAAUCACGUGCGGGGCUUUCCGGCCAAGUUAGAACAGCUCCUCCGACGGACGUCCACAACCCCGGUGCUGCUCUUCUCGGUGCCCACGUCCCACUGUCUCCUUCUCACCAACCAUCACCGCCAAUGUCGGAUACGUCGUCAGCAGAGGAGGCCCAUCUUCACAUCCCGGCCUCCAGCGCCCCGUCCACCGCUGACUCGGUCAAGUCUUUCCUCGCCGGCGGUUUUGGUGGUGUUGCAGCGGUUCUUGUUGGUCAUCCCUUUGAUCUCAUCAAGACGCGGCUGCAGACCGCGUCUCCCGGGACAUACACCGGCGCCGUCGACGCCGUACGGAAGACCGUGGCACGCGAUGGUGCAGCGGGGUUGUACCGGGGCGUUGUGCCCCCACUGCUGGGCGUGACGCCCAUGUUCGCCGUCUCCUUCUGGGCAUACGACAUGUCCAAGGCGCUCAUCCUCGCCGUCACGCCCAAGCGCACCAGCCAGGAGCUCUCAAUCCCCGAGCUCGCCACCGCUGGCUUCCUCUCCGCCAUCCCCACCACCAUUGUCACCGCACCCGUCGAGCGCGCCAAGGUCCUCCUUCAAGUGCAAGGACAGGGCCAAAGCGGCAAGCAGUUCACCGGCGUGUUCGACGUCGUGAAGCACCUGUACAGGGAGGGCGGUAUCCGGAGCGUGUACCGCGGGUCUGCGGCGACGAUCUGGCGCGACGGGCCGGGAAACGCCGCGUACUUCGCUGCGUACGAGGUGACAAAGAAGCUGCUGACGCCGGCGGGCUCCUCGCCCUCCGAACUCAACCUCGGCGCGAUCGUCAUCGCCGGCGGAACCGCCGGUGUAGCGAUGUGGUCCAUCGCUAUACCCCCGGAUGUGCUGAAGUCGCGCAUCCAGUCCGCGCCGACGGGGACCUACUCGGGCUUCCUCGACUGCGCACGAAAAACGAUUGCAGCGGAUGGCGUUGGCGCGCUGUGGAAGGGCCUCGGGCCUGCGAUGGCCAGGGCCUUCCCCGCAAACGCGGCCACCUUCGUCGGGGUGGAGUUCUCGCGACAACUGAUGGACAAGUAUUUCUGA